AUGACAGACUGCGAAGAGCAAUCAUUGCUUGGCAUGUUGAAGGGCAUAAGGAGCAUAUACGUAACUAAUGAACCUGCAACCUCACCAAUCUUUUCUGAUGAUUUUUUUUAUGAUGAAGAGGAGGAAGAAGAACCAGUAAUUCAAGCAUCUACUUCCCAGCCCUUAACAUUGGGCUUAGCUUCCAAAUUUCAUGUGCAACUUUCUUUUACUGAAAAGGAAUUGGAAGAGGAAGGAGAAAUUUCUCUUACUUCAAAACGAAAAGUACCAGAUGCUAAACUUCCCUCCAAUGACUCAAUCGAGAUAAGCCAGGAUGUUGAAGAAGAAGGGGCUGAAGGGGAUCUCCCCGAUCUUGUUCCAACUACAGUAAAGGUGAGACUAGAUAAGAAAAGAAAGCUGAUCUUGCCUGCUGACAAAAGUGAAAAUGAGAACAACCAGGUUGUUCCUCCAAUUCAGGUAACUACAGUUACUGUAGAUCCUAAGGAGACUACAAAAGCCAACACAAGAAUACAGUCUCCUGGUGUGAAUAAAGAAAUUCCUGAUCAAGGGCCUUCCAAACUUGGAGAAGGACAGAGUUUGGCUCUUGCUACAAAAACUACUGUAGAAAGUUCUACACCAACUAGCCAAACAACAUGA